AUGACCAGUGGCCCGGUAGUGAUCAUGGAGCUCGAGGGAGUCAAUGCUGUGAAGGUGUGGGACAAGUUGAAGGGGCCAACCGAUCUGAAGAAGGUGAACAAGGAGGCUCCACAGUGCCUGAGAUCACUCUUCGGAAUGGACCCAACACGAAAUGGCUUUCAUGGCAGUGAUUCCAUUUCGGCAGCAGCACGAGAGCUUGGAUUCUUCUUCCAUGCCGAUGAGUUCCGAGCGAAGAUGGUCAAGAAGGGAAUGAGUUCGGCCUUUAUCAAAUGGUGGAUGGACCUAUAUCAGCGAUUGUGCGGUGGGAGCAAGGGGAUCGUGCGCGAGAGCAAGAUUCUGCCAGCAUCCAAUCCCAAAUGCCUGACACAGAUCCUGCCGGCCAGUGCCGCAACGUUGGGAAAGACGGUGGUUAUGCGUCUCAACGGCGGUCUCGGCACCAGCAUGGGCCUGGAUAAAGCCAAGAGUUUGCUUAAAGUGAAGGACGAAGAAACUUUCAUGGACCUCAUCGUGAAGCAAAUCAUGCAGAUUCAGGAAAAGCAGCCGAUGCGCUUCAUGCUUUACAAUUCCUUCUCGACUGAGGCAGAUACGAAAGAGUUCAUGAGAAAGUAUCCGGCUGUCUUGGCAAAGUGGGAUUCGGUGUCAUUGCUCCAGGGAAUGGCCCCAAAAGUUGAUGCAGAGACGUAUAAACCUGCAGAGUGGCCAGAGAAGCCGAGUGCUGAGUGGUGCCCACCCGGACACGGUGAUUUGUUCCUCACCCUUGUCACCUCUGGAACCCUGGAGCGUCUCUUGAAGGAUGGCUACAAGUACAUGUUCGUCGCGAAUAGUGACAACCUUGGUGCCUCGGUCGAUUUGCGAAUGCUUGGGCACCUGGAGCGCUCCAAGGCGCCCAUGCUCAUGGAGGUUUGUGUGCGUGGCGAGGCAGACCGCAAGGGUGGCCACCUGGCACGGAUCGUAGAGAAUGAGAAGGAGAAGAAGGAUGACAAGAAAGAUGACAAUGGCAAGGAGACCGGCGGCAGGCUCACACUCCGAGAAAGUGCUCAAGUAGCUGGAGCAGACGAGAAGGACUUCCAGGAUGUAAGCAAGCACCAGUAUUUCAACACCAACAACAUCUGGCUGAAUUUGGAGAAGCUUCAGGAAAUCUUGAAGAAGGGUCCCCUCAAGCUUCCUUUGAUUGCCAACGGGAAGGGAGUGGAUCCCUCCAGCAAGCAAGAUCCAGGAUUCGAGGUCAUUCAGGUGGAGACAGCCAUGGGUGCCGCAAUUUCGCUCCUGCCUGGGGCAGAAGCGAUUCUUGUUCCACCUUCUCGCUUUCUUCCAGUGAAGAACAACUCGCAACUGGCUGUUCUGAGAGGGGCCGCCUACACGAUUGGCGCAAACUACACCUUAGUACGUCGCCCACAGUCUAUCUCAUCGCAGCCACACAUGAAGAGCCGACUGCAGGCGGUUUUCGUGACCUCCGAGGCGGCACCGUUCUCGACCACCGGCGGUCUUGGAGAAGCCAUGGACGGUUUGCCAAAGGCCAUGGCACAACUUGGUCAUCGUGUCAUGGUGAUUGCCCCGCGCUACGACCAGUACUUCGAAGCGUGGGACACAGGCUUUUGGAAGCAGAUUGAGAUGGGAGCGCACAAAGAAACACUCCACUUCUUUCAUGCCUUCGUGGGAGGUGUCGACUAUGUGUUCGUCGACAAUCACAUGUUCCUUGGCAAAAUCCCAACGAAGACCGAAGGCCGACUCUACGGCAACGGAAAGGAUGCGGACUUUGAGGACAACCAAUUCCGCUUUGCGUACUUCUGCCGCGCAGCGGUAGCAGCCAUCCGUGAGCUUCCACUGGGUGGCUUCCCAUAUGGCCAAGGUAGCGUUGUUGUUGCAAACGACUGGCACAGCGCCGCCGUGCCAAUGCUGAUCCACAUGGAAAGGUCGAGGGACCCGGCCAUGUGGGCGCAGACAAAGGUCAUGUUCUGGUGCCAUGACAAGGCCUUCCAAGGCAACUUCCCCCGCACAGAGGAUUUAGCAGAGGUUUAUGGCAUGAUGCCGAGCUACCUUGACAGCAUUACCUUCGGAAAGGCCGGAGCUCCGUACAUCAGCCUGGUGGCAUCUGGUCAACGAUAUUCAGACAAAGAUGUUGAGACAAGCCAGGCACUGGCAACUUCUGGCCUCGCACCCACUCCUCCAAAGGAAAUGAGCUGGGAGCAGGCCGCUCGAGAGUGUGCGGCUGCAUUGCGGCAUCUCAGCUAG